GAAGUAUUUUUCUACUCCUCUCUUUCAAUAAAGAUAGAAGAAGAAAGAAACACUUGGAAGCAUUUGUAGCGGCAGCUUGACCGCAGCUUAAGUGAGGUUAGAGCCUGUUCGAUGUAGACUAGGCCUGUCUGUUCUAGGUUAUUGUAAGAUUUAGCGCACAACAGGAUUUAACGUCUAAUAAUGUCUUCAAAGAAUGUUGAAUUAUGUUAUUCCAAAAAUAUUGGAGAUGGAGGAAUAUUUGAGAUAUUGGAUAUUGACGGGGAAAAAUAUUUACAUAAUAAAAAAGCCGAUGAACGUCCUUAACCAGCUCUGAGAGCUCUGAAAUCGUUCAGCAUUGAGAUUAGUGCUCGGCUUGCUCGGAGAUCACGUGAUUCAAGCUCGACAUCUGCUCGCUCGCAUCUCAGAUUUUUUUGCCGAACGCAGCUAGUGGGUACAAUUCCCCAUAACUCCAGGAGCCAGACAGCUAGCGAGGAUGCAAUUUCAAAAUGCACGUCAGCCAUUUGAAGGAGCUAUCGGAGCGAUUGACUGCACUCAGCAAUUCUUAGCAAUUCUUGGUCCUAAAGACCAUGAAGAAGCCUAUAUUAAUCAUCAUGGGUAUCCUUCGCUGAAUGUGCAAAUGAUAUGUGACCCAAAUUUAAAAAUACUGAAUGUAAAUGCAAGAUACCCCGGAGCACGGCACGAUUCAUAUAUGUAUGUAUAUGGAAUGCCUCUGCUGCUCGACAAGUGAUACGCGCAUAUAAUCGUGGUGAACGACAUACGUAUCUUAUUGGUAAUUGUUAUUUUAAUUUUUUAUACAUAAUAUACCGCGCGCGGAAAGCUUUUAUUAGUUUAUAAUA